AUGGAUAAGUUACGGAACGCCAUCGAUGGCAAGCAGGGGCAAGGGAACAAAGUGACAACUAAGAGCGGACACAUCUCAGACGUGAAGUUCGAGCCGAACCUUCCCCUGCUCGAAGAUGACGACGUGCCUAGCGAGCAGUACGAGUUGGACAAACUCGAUGAGGAGCUACAGAGGAGCAGGACGAAGAAGAGCCUGCUGGCAACACCGUCAGGGAUGAUGCGGGACAAGCUGGAUUCGCUGCUGAACAAGAGGUUGGAGGAGAGGAUCAACCAGCUGAGAAUCUUUCGGACACAGAUAGCAGAGAUCCAACUGAAGAACAAGAGAGACCAGCUGGCGAAGUCGAUCGAGAUCAAAAAGGUCGUCGACAAACUCGCACGGACGAAACAGAGGCUGCAGGAUGUGAUGGAAGAGCUGAAGCAAGAGCGAUCGGAGGAGCUGACCCAGCCAAGAGAGGUCAGGCUGAGCGCUGCCAACGCGGUGCAGCAUGUGAAGAGGACCUCUGUGCUACCAGCCAAGAGGCCCGACGCCUAUCACUUUGUUGAUGAGAGGAAGAGCGUCGUUGGGUCUCUGAGAAACGAAGGGGAGGGGAACCAGUGGGGGAUCGGCAUCACAGGAAACAAUGACGCGUCGCAGAUUCCUGUGCGGUCAGUGUUCAGACCAAGACGAGGAGCUAACAUGAGGCUGGAGGCCAGAGACUGGAACGAGGAGUUUCAAACCAACAUCAGGAGGAUCAAGAGCAGAUUCCUUGAGACAAAGUUCACAACCCUCGCCAAGAUCGGGAACAUGCAGGAGCAUUUCGUUCAGAAUGUGCUGUCCAUCGGGAAGAGGAUCGUGGAGGAGAUAGCGUUGCCCUACGUGCAGAAGAGCAUCAAACCAACAGCCAUGCCUCUUGCUUUCAAAGUUCUCAGUGCGCUAGAUCGCAAUGACGUCCUCAAGGAGUUUGUGUACGAUGCCGACGAGUGGCGCCCGAUCUAUUGCCACAGCAACAUUGUGUUUCAAGUAGCGGCUGACGACUCUGAUUUCUUCGGAGGUACUGAGGCAGCAAGCAAAGCCUUGUCAAACGAGUUCAGAGCCAUCGAGUUCCUCUCGAAAGAAUCGUACGAACACGAUGUUUGCGUUCCCCUGUCAGCCUUGUUCUGCUACCUGGGACACAAGAUUCUUGCCACUGCAGUGCUGCCUGGGAUGGCUGACCCCAAGGACAUGAUGGAUAUAUUUGCAAAAGAAGAUGAUCAAACAGAGACGGUUGCCACAGCUUGGGAUAACGCAAAGGACUCUCUGCAAAGGAGCCUCCGCAAGCUGGGAAUCUCUCUGAAUCUCAAGCCGCAUGUCAUGAUGGUGGAUGGCGAGCAAGAGCAUGUUCACCUCGUCGCUGACUUGCAGGCCUUCAUCGGCAAAGACAAACGGAACUACCUCAUGAGCUGCUCCCGAGUCCUCCCGCCAGAGCCCCCGACCUAUCCGAUCGAUUCCGAGAGGUAUCAUCUGAGCAGGUUCAUGCGGCCCGAGCUGCUUCAGCUGAGCUCCUCCCCCAUCAAUGCCGAUUGCUUCUCGAGCUUCGUGGGCAAGGAUGCGAGGAGAGACAACGCAAACUGCAGAGAGCUCUUCAACUUCAUGCGGAGAAACAUCUGCCCCUUCGUUGCCAGCUACCUCGACUCUCACGGGUAUGACUUCCCGGACUUGAUCAAGUCUCUUGCCUCCAUCCUCCAUCGCAACGGGAUCAACGUUCGCUUCCUGGGGAUCGUGGGUUCCUACUGCAAGAACGAGAGGACUGUCUGCAUGGUGGCGUCGGAGAUGGUAGCGCGACUUGUCAAGAGCAAACUGAGAAAGGAUUGGCGCAGCAUGGUGGACGAGGGUAAGAAUCAGCCCCUGGACUCUCGCAGCUGCACUGCAGACGUUUACAGCUCCUUGUUCGAAGCGCAGGAGAAGGAGACUGAGUUCUGGUCCAACGUUGUUCAGAAGCGAAUGAACGAAAAGUUCCCGGGGUCACUCGCGCUCGCUAGGAAUCGACCAUGGAGGACGCUUUGCGACAUGAAGUUGGUCAUCGACAGACUCUCCUCCAUGACCGGCAUCACCUUCCGUGAGGAUCCCUGGGAAAUCUUCGGGAAGCGCGGGAGAAUUCUAGCUCAUGACGUCAUCAAGACCGAAGAGAGGAUCCGAGUCGUCAACCUCGUGCCCAUCGAGUGCCUGAGCGGCUUCGAGCUCCUUGCUGAGGCCCUGCGGAUCUCUGACUUUGACAACAAGAAGAAGCUUGCCGCCGAUGCUGUUCGCGUCUUCGAGCAGGCCAUCCAACACAACAACGCGAUGAACCUGCAAGCAGUCACGUGCUGUGCCGACGCAAAGAUGUUCCUCUCGCAGUUUCUCACCUUCUUCGACGCUCGUGCCUCGUUGGACGAGGCUGAAGAGCUCUACCGACGUUCCUUGUGCAUCCGACCUCAGAUCACCGAGACGCUUCUCAGACUUGGCGACCUGCAUGUCCAGCAGGCAAAGCUCUCGCGCAUCGAGGAGACGGCGGCACGUUUGCGGGCAAGAGCAGGAGCAAGGUAUCUGCAGGGGAUGCUCUACCAGUGGGAGAGAGACUACGCGACGGCAAACAAGGUUGUGCACAAGCUCGAUCACUUGUUUCAGUUGUCUCGAUCAGACUUCGCGGCCGUGAGCGUCGCGUCUAACAAGUUCUCGGACUUCAAGAACUUGAACUUCUCCUCCUCGCCGGACGUCGGGGCUAACGCGAUCCGACGAUCCAUCGGGAAGGUCCCUGUGGUGGAGGACAUGUGCAUGGCAAACUGCCAAUACUGCGACGACUCCGUCCUCUCGUACAUCAUCCCCAAGUCAAAGCGAACAUUGACAGCCCUAGACGUGAGCGGUUGCCCCGUGACAAGCGAGUCGAUCAUUGUGCUGGCGCAGCUGAAGAACUUGCAGAAGCUGGUGGUGGACAACUGCUUGCUGAUCGAAGACAAGGCAUUGAUGGAGGUGUUUCAGAAAUGUACAAACUUGCGGCACAUCUCUCUUCGCUCUGUUCCCAAGGUCUCUAAUCAGAGCGCAUUCUACAUCCCCAAGUUCUGCCGGCAGCUCCAGUACUUUGACAUGAGUCACAGCCCCCUCAUCACCGGCGCCGCCCUCAAUGAGAUCGCGCAGGUGUGCAGUCAGAUGGUGGAAGCCUUUGCCCAAGACUCCUACACCAUGGACGACGUGCCCGUCAUCAGCAUCGGUAAGAACUGCCCUGCUGUCCGGACUCUCGACUUCCGCAACUGCGUCAAGUUGUCCAGCCUGUCAAUCAAAUCUUGGAAAGGACGGUUGAAGAAGCUAGAGACGCUGAUACUGGAAGGAUGCAUCCGCCUUGAUGACGCGGCCCUGCUGGCCCUUGCAGAUCACGAGGCCUUUCCCAGCUUGACCCACCUGGACCUGACGUCGUGCGACUUGAUUUCAACUCACGGCCUGCAGGAGAUCGUCCGGCAGCUGGUGGACCUCGAGGUCCUGCGAGUGGGCAGGUGCACCCAGAUCGAAGAGCAUGCGGUCAAAGCGAUCGCCAAGAACUGCCGGCAGCUGCGCGAGCUGAGCUUGGAGUCUUGUGUGGGAGUGACAGUGGGAGCAAGCGUGAAGAUCGUCUCCUCCUGCACUUGUCUAGAGAAGCUCUCUUUUGCUGGCUGCCACCUGGUGGAUGACACGACAGUGAGCAUGAUGGCGACGAAUUUGACAAGGCUCGUGGAGCUGGACGUGAGCGGCUGCGAGUCUCUGUCGGAGGGGCCGCUGGGGAAUGUGAUCAUCAACAACACGAGCUUGACGGCUCUGAACCUCUACGCGUGUCGCAAGGUCGGGAACAAGACGCUGAGGAAGAUCGGGGCUACGUGCAGGAGGCUCGAGGCCCUGACCAUCUCUCAGUCGAACAAGGUGAACGACAAGGGGAUCAUGCAGGUGGUGACAGGUUGCCCCUGCCUCAAGAGCCUGCACGCCACUAACUGCAAGAACAUCUCCGACGACGCCAAGCAGCUGCUGAGCAUUCAGACCCCCUGGGUCAAUUUCGCAUUUUAA